AUGGAGGUGCCCGAGCAGGUUGCCACAGGUAUCGAGGCUGCGAGCUCUGCUGAGGAUUCCUCCGUGGGCACUGUGAGCCACCUUGAGUGGAGCCACAUUGGCUUGCGUCGCCAGUUCCGUGGUCUGGUGCGAGUGGUGGUCCAGCUUUCUAAUCGCCUGGUUCCGUUAGGCGUGCAGCAUCUCAUUUUGAGCAUGUCAGACCUUGAGUACGAGCUUUCUGAGUCGGGCGAUGUCAGUGACUUUCCGCCCUGUGCGCCUCUGCCUGAAGAGGAUGUGAGCCGCAUGUUGCAGGAUGCAUUAGCUGAGUUGGGUGCUGCCGACAGUUUUGUUUCGCCCGCGUCUGUUGCCCCCCAGCCGGCUUUUCAGGGGGAGUCUCGGGGCCAUGGGGGCAUUGCAGUUGAUUCUUCUGAUGCUUCGGGCUCCAUUGCACAGGACAGUCAUGAUUGGCUUUGCGUGGGUGCAGGUUCGCAGGCAGACUUUGUUGUCGCUCCAGACCUUAGAGCAGUGCAUUUAUCGCUUGAAGACAAGGGACCUAAGCAGUUUUGGGAGACUGGGUUUUGGGGGUCUUUCUUCGGGGAAAAUCCACUAGAUACAAUGUUUCCCGAGUUCGAUGCUUCCCGACCUGAAGUGCCAAAUCUUCCAGAUUCUCUCGCUGAUGAUGCGUUGCGGCCUGGAGCAAAGAAGCCUCAAAGUGUAGACACCUCAUCUUUUGAAUCAGUCGUCAGGAACCGCAAGGUUUUCUCUUGGCGUGAUAAGCGCGAGGUUGAGCAUCACAGAGCUUUGAUCAAGUGGGACCAGCUUUUCUUCUUGUGGGAUGCGAGUGCUGACAAGCGCAUCCAAGAAAUCGUUGCAAUUGAGCUUGUCACCGAGCGUCAUGAGUUACUUGAGGAUUAUAUGGCUAGGAAAGCCCCUGCGACCAUGCUGAAGCGAGCAAACUCCAUGCGUAGGCUCACAUCUCUUGCGUUGGAGUUGACCCUGAUUUUCCCCUUCACGGAAAAUGAUUUACAUCGUGUCCUUCAUGUUGCUAAAUCGAGUGGGGCAGCUUUGUCUCAGUUGAGGAGCAUCAUGGAGGCCAUUACUUUCACCCGGUUUACCUUCGACAUGGAAUCCUUGGAUGCCUUGUGUGGAAGUAGAAAAUGUUGGGGAGUAGGAGUGGCACGCCUUGCUACGGUAGUGAGGAAAGCAGAUCCCCUGAGAGUUGAGGAUCUCCGGAAGCUUCACCAGUUGCUUAGAGAAGCCCUUUGCCUUUGGACCCGCCUCUUUGCAGGGUGUGCCUUGUACUGCUGUUACGCCCGCUGCAGAUGGUCAGACAGCCAGCACAUUGACCUCUUCACCAUUGAGACGGACGCGCUCACCCAGCGCCCGGCUUUUCUGUGUGCCGUGAUCGAUGUUCACAAAACAAUGAACCUUAGGGGGAGGCUUCCUGUUCAUUUGGAGUUGGCGGCUCCCGGGCAAGGAGUGACCGAUGAUGAUUGGGUUUCCCAGUUCAUGGAAGUUCGAAACUUGCUGGAGCUUGGGGACGAGCAUCCCUUUAUGCCAGCACCAGAUCGAUCAGGUUUUGCAACCGUAAGAGCGCUUGAUGCUGAUGAGGCCGGGGAUUGGCUUGGGUUGUUGUUGACAAAUCGUGUUGGUCUCCGAACCACUUCGCAUUCCCUCAAGUGCACGUGCCUUUCUUUCGCGGCUAAGUUUGGCAUAGGAUACCAGGACCGACUUGUUCUUGGAGGUCACGCGCAUUCAGGCCGCAUGGCCGAGGUCUACGGCCGUGAUUCCAUGGCAAGACCGCUCAGGUUGUUGGGAGAAGUGCUAAGUGCAAUUCGUUCGGGAUCCUUUGUGCCAGAUGCGAACCGUGCUGGACGUUUUGUGAAUGCAAAGCCCUCAACCGUCUUCAUGUCCGAGGAGGGGCACGACUUUUGUCCAGUGUUGAGUUACCUCUUCCAACUCGGAGUCUUCGAGCAGCUCCAGUUCAGAGGACUUCCGUUUGCAGGACGUGCCGUAAAGCGCAGUCCAAUGCUUGAUGUCGUGCAGCACCCGGAGAAAGAGGUUUGCGCGCAAAUCACUCGCUGCAACAUGACCUUGGUUGAUUCAGAAGCCUCCUUCAAAGCGAGGUGCAUCGUAGUAUGUGGCGAUGAAGUCCUUCAUGGACAGCUGUGCGCGCAUCGGGUCAAGACCUUCAGCGAUCUUGCUUUCGCCUGCGGGACCCCUCAGGCCCCACCAACUGAGGAUGAGUUCUCCUUGUUUUGCGACCGCGUGCUUGCGCCCGGGGCUCCAGUGGGCGAUGCCGCUAAGUUGCGCCGACUUCAUUUUGAGUCGUCAGCUUAUGUCACUGCAAGUCUCAAGGCACAGGUUAUGGGCCAGUCCUCCGAUGCACCGAAGACCUUGCCUUUGGCAGAGAAAGUAGCUCGCAUAGAGAAUCAAAAGCAGAGACUCAAAGGCCUUGUUUUCCAGGAAGAGCUUGAGCCAGCUUAUUCCUUGAUCGAUGCAGUCGCUCACCAGGUUGAGAUAAAUCAGCUUUCAGGGUUGUCACCCAGCAAAUGCCCAAAAAGGGACCAGGAGCUACGCAAUAGUGGCCGAGAAAAGAAUCGUGUCCUGACUCUUCAAGAAAAUCAGGUUGCACUUGUUCCCGUGGCAGAUCAAAUCACUGCUCAUCACGCUACCCCCUUGGAGGUCCAGUGGUGUCUCCAGCGCCGGGGAUUGGCGUAUGAUCUCAAUCAGGUGAUCUCGUGGGAAGCCCAUGAAAGUUGGGUCUCAUAUCUCAUGCAGCACUUGACGAGGCCUGCUCCUCCCAAUUACGCGCAGGUUGGGAUAAGCCAAAUCCUCAAAGCCGAUUGUGAGUUGUUCCUUUUGAUGUCGAAGGAGGUGACCCAAGUCCGCGCUUCUUCCUCAGGGGCCAUGGAGGCGGACCAGGCACUCCGCAAAUUGCGCUAUGAUCCACGCAUCACAAUGCACUUGCUUCCCUUGCCAAAAGGGCAGGCCGCGCCCCCGGCUACCAAUGCAGAUCCCGAUUCUCCUCCGCCUGGUCGGGGUACGAAGCGAUUGAGAGGGAGUCAAGGUGGCCUCCUUGCUCCUGUCAAGACCGCCACCUUGCCCAAGGAGUUGCAGGAUUGCCCGCACCUCACUUUCACCGACAACCGUCGGCACUCCGCAGAUUCCCUGGACGGUGGGAGCUUUCUCACUGGGGCCUACCGUCAUGGCGGUGUCGCUGGGGCCAGAAAAUCUUUAGCUGAGUUUCCCCUCACCUCCCGCCUUCUUGUACAGCUCGCUACUCAGCUUUUUCCGGGAACCACUUUUUCCACUGUUGCGCUUUUUCGCAACCUGCGAACCCCACGACAUUCAGAUAGCAAUAACCUCACCGGCUCAUGCAACCACGUCGCGGCUCUGACCAGCUUCUCAGGGGGAGGCAUCCGUGUGUAUCAGGGCCCAGAGCCAGAGGACCUCACGUUUGGAGCAUCUGGCGUCCUUAGCUUUGAUGCGCAUUUCGAGCAUGAAACCUUGCCUUGGCGGGACGGGGACCGCCUUGUACUUGUUGCCUUCUCCGUUGGCUGCUUGUCGAAGCUCUCCGCUUCCUGCCGUGCCUCGCUUCUGGCGGUUGGGCUGCCCUUGCCACAAGAGCCUGCUGCUGCCCUUCCGGGCCUCACAACCGGGGAGCCAGAUUUGGGUCUGUGUCUUGAGGUGUUUUCCGGCACGGCCCGGUUGAGCGUUGCCUUGCAGGAUGUGGGUUUUCAGGUCUUGGCUUUUGAUCAUAGGGCGCGUUCCACCUUCCCAACCCAGCAGCUUGACCUUACCAUACCCGACCACCAACAGGUGCUGUUUGACAUUGUCAACGAUAAUGCUGCCCGCCUGCAGCAUAUCCAUCUGGCUCCACCAUGUGGAACUUGUUCAGCCGCCCGUGGCAUCCCCAUUCCGGAGUUUGCAGAAGCUGGCCUUUCCCAGCCUGUCCCCUUGCGCAGCGAGGCCCACCCUAUGGGUCUACCCGGUUUAUCAGGCUCUGAUUGGGACCGAGUCCAGUCAGCAAACAUCUUGUAUGAGUUCUCCUGUAAACUGGUGCGUUUGGCAGUGUCGCUUGGCGUUGGCAUUUCCAUUGAAAAUCCCCAAAACUCCUGGUUUUGGUGGUUGCCGCCAGUUGUGGCGUUGCUCCAAGACAUCAAUGGCCACGAGACUUCUUUCCACGCUUGCAUGCAUGGAGGUUCUCGCGACAAGUUGACAAAGUUGUGGUGUUCCGAUGAUCGUUUUGCUCCGCUCCAGGCUCUGUGCAGUCGAGACCACAAGCACGCGCCCUGGCGUCCGCGCCUGCUUGAUGGAAAGGUCAACUUUCCGACGGCUGCUGAAGCUGCUUAUCCUGUCUUGCUGUGUCAGAGAAUGGCUGAACUCGUUGCUGCAAUGAAGCGUGCCUUGCCGCCCCAGGCUUCCUUGUUUGGUCCCGCUCCGCAGAAAUUGCGCCUCGCCUUGGAGCGCCAGCCUCGGCGGCGGCGUCCUCUUGUGAGCAUGUAUACAGCCUACGAUGCAUGGGCCGUUCCCCUGGAGCUGGCCGAGCCGGUCCACCGCCUUCUCAAGUGUUACCCCAAAGGUGCUCGAGUCAUCAGACGGCAGCUUUGCUCAUGGGGGCAGGUUCGGGCGGCCGUCUGUCCCAAAGUUGAGGAGGAUCGGCUGAAGCAAGUUCUGACUAGCGCUUGGACCUGGUGCACCACACUUGAUGCCGAGCCUAAUCUGCCUGUCGAAGAUUCGAUGUCCUCGUUUGAGGUUUGUGGGAUGUGCUCACCUUCAAACUUCGUAGAGACAGCAGAGAUAGUCUGGGUAGGAAUUCCGAGGGAGCCAGAGGACUUCUUGCAACAAGCUGUGAAAGUGGGCCAUCCCAGGAGGAUGAUCACUUCUGAUGAGGACCCCACAUUGACGACGUUACUUGAAAAUCUCCUUGCGCCUAGAUUGGAUUGCCGAGACAAGGGAACUUCCUUGCUGGAAAGGUGGGAGCAGGAGAAAGAGCAACUUGCGCAUGAAGAGGAAAGAGUGAUGUCCUCUUUGGACCCUGUGGUAGCAACUGUCCUUGAAGGGAAGUCCACCGUCCUACUUGACCGGCUGUUGCAGGAAGCCCAGUAUCCGGAUGUGGAUCUGGUGGAGGACAUCAGACAAGGUUUCCCUUUGACUGGCUGGAUGAAGAACACAAACGUCUUUGUUCCUGACCCAAGGCCACCCAAGGCCACCUUGUCGUCUCAGCUCAGUUCCGCCUCUGCAAGGAACCGAGCUACCUUGGCAAAGGUUGCUUCGACCGUGAGUGACGCCACUGCGAUAGCCACUUGGGACGAGACCCUCCAGGAGCUUGAGAAAGGUUGGAUCUUUGAGGACGCAGACGUUGACUUGGCAUCUUGCCUCAUUGCGCAUCGCUUUGGCGUCUGCCAGGGAUCCAAGGUGCACAUCUAUGGCCCAUGCUCUUUGCCCUUUGGCACCACUGGCAGCGUCUCCGGAUUCCUUAGGUUCGCCCGUGAAGGUAAGAAGGCUGUACCCUUCAGCUCAACCUUCAAGGCGUUGGGCCUCUUGUUUGACUUGUCAAAGUUUGGAGAAGGCGGAAAGCUUGAGAGGGAGGCUGCACUGGUUCUGCUCUUCCUUUUCGGCCGUAGGCCUUGUCAUGCCGUCAGCACUCUGAACAAGCGUGCCAAAGCGAGUGAGGGAUGUCUCUCGUUGGACCCUGAUCUUAAAGAUGCCCUGGCAUACCUAAAGGACAAGGCGCUGUGUGCCCCGCCGUUGAAGUUGACUGCAGACUUCAGGCGCACCUUUUACAUCUUCACGGAUGGAAGCCUUGAGGACUCUUACGCGGGGUUGGGGGGAAUUCUCUACGACUCCCUCGGAUCUCCUCUUGCGUUCUUCUCGGGAACAGUGCCUGAGGACGUUUUGAGUGCUCUGAGAAAGCAAUCUUCGCAUCCAAUCUAUGAGGUAGAGCUGCUCGCUGUGUGGGUCGCCAUGACCUUGUGGGAGUCCGCCUUGUCGGAUGCCUACAGCGUUUGUUAUCUCGACAAUGAAGCGGCGCAAGGGGCUUUGAUAGCCUGCAAGUCGUCUACGUUGGCUGGGACUGCAAUUGUCCGUGACAUCCUUGACCUUGAGGAUAGGAUUGAUGGCCAGCUCUAUGCCUGUGGAGUUCCCUGA